AUGCGGGAUCCUGCGACGUGCGCGACUCUAGACCAAUUCCAAAUGGUCCAUGUUGAUCUGGAGCUAGAUAUACAAAUGGAUCUGAAGCGUGUGUCAGGUGUAUCAACAUUGUUAGUAAAAAAACUCAGCGACGCCGUGACUACUUUUUCUCUAGACGUAUGUCACUUGAUCAUCCACUCAGUAUACGUUGCGCUUCCUGAGAAGGAGGACAAAAGUGCAGCUCACUGGAGUGUUAAGCCCUUUACCUCAUUUGGUGAUAUGCUGGAAGUUGAUCUACCGGAAGAGCUGGCGCUUGCACGUGCCUUUAGAGUCAUGGUCCACUACGAUACGGACCCAAAGAGUCCGGCCAUCUGCUGGCUUGAGAAAGAGCAGACGAUGGACAAAAAGCUGCCAUUUAUGUAUACUCAGGGGCAAGAAGUCCUUAAUCGCAGUCUCUUUCCUUGCCAGGACUCGCCGUCCAUUCGUAUCACGUACUCCGCUGCUGUGAUCGUACCCAAGGAGCUUGUUUGUGUGAUGGGUGCCAGGCUAUGCAGUGUAGAAGAUUAUAAAGUUGGUGAUACGGAUGAAGAGAGCAAUGCAAUCGCUCAAAAGAGAAAGUUCAGAUUCGAGAUGAAGCAGUCGAUUCCGACUUAUCUAGUGGCGAUGGCGGUGGGAAACUUAGUUGAAGCAAAAUUGAGUCGACGGUCGAGCAUCUGGGCGGAGCCGUGCAUGUUAGAAGCCGCUACAAGAGAAUUUGAUGGGGUUCUUGAGGAAUACCUAGCGAUCGGUGAGCAGCUUUUUGGAGAUUAUCAGUGGGAGCGCUAUGAUAUGCUAGUGAUGCCUCCUUCUUUUCCAUACGGUGGGAUGGAGAACCCUCGCCUUACUUUCGUGUCACCCUGUGUAAUUGCUGGUGACAAAUCACUUGUAUCGAUUGUGGCGCACGAGCUUUCUCACUCAUGGUUUGGAAAUUUGGUCACAAACGCUACAUGGAGCGAUUUCUUUCUCAAUGAAGGUUUUACGAUGUACGCGGAGCGACGCAUCAUCGAAGUUUCGCGUGGCAGACCAUUAAGUUGUUUACAUGCCAAACUAGGAGAAGCUCAGCUUCGUGAGGAAAUCUAUUCGCUUGGAGAGCUGUCGCCUCUGACACGUCUUCGAGUUCCGAUCGACGAAGGAAUCGACCCAGGUGACUGCUACAAUCAGUGCGCGUACGAGAAGGGCUACGCAUUUGUGUGCUACCUGCGAAGUCUUGUGGGGUCGGAUGCAGUCUUUGACAAUUUCCUUAAACGAUAUUGUGCUGAAUAUUGCUUUCAAUCGAUUCCAGCAGAGACAAUGAUCAAUUUUUUUCUGGCUAAUUUUCCAGAAUUUGCGAACGCUGCCGGGACGGACCUCAAGAGUGGUAUAUCAUUCGACACAUGGCUGAAUGAACCGGGUCAUCCGCGCUUUACUCCAGACUUCUCUGAUGCCCAAGUUAUUAUGCAAAAUUGCGAAGUUCUAGCAUCUCACUGGCGGUCAGCUGCCUACCCGGUACAAUCAACCAUUCUAUAUCUGUCGGAAGAAGCCAAACAGUGGGAGGCCCAUGCAUUGCUCUAUUUCUUGGAUUGCUGCCAAGAGGCUGAGUUUUUGAAUGCGGGUGCUGUAUGUUCGUUGGGUGACCACCUUUCAUUAUGGGACUCAAACAACUCGGAGAUUCUGUAUCGGUGGUCGCUAAUUCUUAUCAAAAACAACAUCACCAGCAAGUUGCCCGUCGUGCGACGCUUUCUGGAGAUGCAGGGCAAACAAAAGUUUCAUCUACCAGUUUACCGCUCGCUCACAUCAAGUCCUAAAAAUGAAAUGCGCAAAUUUGCCUCUGAAACAUUUGCCUUCACGAAAAAUAAGCUGCAUGUCAUGGUUCGCAAUCGUAUUGAGCUCCUACUUACAGCUGCGCCAGUUUGA